CUUUAGUGGUCCGACCAGAUCUUUCCAGGGACUGAGCUGGACUUUAUCUUUAAAGAAACACUUGGCCGCUACUUUUGCCAACAGUCUCGACUUCGGUUUAAUUCAGAGUGAAAGCGCAGCGGAUGCGCGCGCGGUGUGGACGUCGGUGAUCUUUCCACGAGGAUUAUCACAUGAUCAUCGGGUUUACGAAAACGGAUUUUCUGAUGCAUUAAUGAUCCAGAUUCCAUUCCAAAGAAGAUGAUUGUAGAGUUGGACAUGCGUUUGCUGGACGUCCUCUUUUCUCUUCACAGCUCCUUCGAGGGGCUUUGGGAGUCUGUUCUUGACGUGAUGUUUGAGAUGAAUUGUCACCAUCUCCCUGGUGGUGGAAAAACGGGAGCACCAUCUCCAGAGGGCGAUUUCUGCCCAUCAUGUGUAUGGAGAGAAGAGGGAUAACAUGGUGAUUCCCGUCCCAGAGGCCAAGAGCAACAUCACCUACUAUGACUCGCUCUACCCCGGAGACUUCAAGAUGCCAAAGCAGCUCAUUCACAUACAGCCUUUCAGUCUGGAUACGGAGCAGCCGGACUACGAUCUGGACUCGGAGGAUGAGGCUUUCGUGAAUAAGCUGAAAAAGAAGCUGGAGGUGGAGGCCCUGCAGUUCGAGGAGAUGAUUGACAGAUUGGAGAAAGGCAGCGGACAGCAGCUGGUGACCCUACAGGAAGCGAAGCUUUUACUGAAGGAGGACGAUGAUCUUAUCAGGGAGGUGUUUGAAUACUGGAGCAGGAAGCGGAAACUGUGUAAAAAUGUAUCCCUCAUCCCAAACAUCAAGCAGGAAAAGCGGGAUGGUUCCAGUACCAAUGACCCCUAUGUGGCCUUCAGGCGCAGGACUGAGAAGAUGCAGACGAGAAAGAACCGUAAGAAUGACGAGGCGUCCUAUGAGAAGAUGCUCAAACUAAGAAGGGACCUGAGUCGAGCCGUCACUAUCCUGGAGAUGAUCAAGAAACGAGAAAAAAGCAAACGAGAGCUGCUUCAUCUCACACUGGAGGUUGUGGAGAAGAGGAACGCCAUGCCGGACUUUGGUUCAGAGGUGAUGGCAGAAGCACUCGCUAUGGCAAAACCUGUUUACAAGAUUCCCAUAAUACCCUUCUCCAGCAGCAGUCAGUACCGCCACCAGGACCACAUAGACUUCAAAGACUACAAAACCAGGCCUGAAAAGAUAGAGGUGGUCAGAACAAAGAGGAAGUACGAGAAGAAGCCCAAAAUCACACCACUCUCCGCCCCAUUGCACACUGUCCCCUCCCUGUUUAACCCCAAAGACCUCAACCAGUACGACUUCCCCAGCUCUGAUGACGAGCCCUUUUCACAGAUACAUUCUGGUUCAUCAGAGGCCGAGGAAGAGAACGAGCCCGAUGGAGCGUUUGCCUUCAGGCGGAAAGCAGGAUGUGUUUAUCACGCUCCCCGUUUGGAUCAGAGCGGCGAUUGGCCCUGGUCUGGAGACACAGAAGGAGGGUCAUGUGACCCGCGGUUUCGUUACUCCCUCACCACUCUCACCAUUCCUCGCCGCUGUGUCGGGUUGGCACGCCGUCGGCUGGGACGGGGCGGCAGGUUUCUUCUGGACCGAGCUUAUUCGGAUUUAAAUGGAGUAUUCCAAAGUCUAGACACUGAUUCCGAGCCGGACUUCUCCUUCCCUGCUUCCCCUCUCCACCUGCAAACCACUUCCCAGACCGUUCCCUCAUCCUCUUCAUCACAGUCCUCAUCCUCCUCUUCCUCUCAUACCACUUAUUCAGACCUGAGGCACAUCCUCCAAAAUAUCAAAGCGUGCCGCUGGAGGCACUUUAAACCACGGACACUAACCAGCCAAUCAGGCGCAGGGGAUGUGCUGUCACGGAGAGCUUUUAGGGGGUUGAUGAGGGGCGGUGCAGGGCUGGGUGGCAGGACACUGGGACCACCAGCAGUAGCGUUCACGGCUGAGCAGUAUCAGCAGCAUCAAGAACAGCUGGCCCUCAUGCAGAAACAGCAGCUGGAGCAGAUACAACAACAGGCCAAUGACACCGGCUCGAGUCAGUCUCUUGUGUCCAAGACGGUGGACUCAGUCAGUGCCCAGUUUGCCGCUUCUGCACUCAUGACCUCUGACCAGCUUUUGACCCUAAAGGUCAAAGAAGAUGGUGUAGGAGGUGGAGUCAACGGGGUCGUCCAAGCUUCAGGAGUUUACAAGGGAUUGAGCAUCUCUGCCACAUCCUCUAGCCAACCAACAUUGACCGCUGCCCCGCCCACCUUCCUGUCCUCCACUAGCAACUCCAACACAAGCUCCGCCCACACGGUCCACAUCCCUAUAGGUAAUCAUGGUAACAACACAGCCAACUCCACCUCUCAGGUCCUGAUCGGCAACAACCUACGACUCAGUGUCACCACGCCCUCUAUCGGCAGUCUCAAUGCCCGUCACCUUCCCAGAAGUCUCAGCAACGUGCCACCCACUGCCUUGAAGCUCACCGCCAGCAACUGUCAGCUCCCCAAAGUCAACACUGGGGAGAAUCACGAGCAGGAAAAGCAGUCCCUCAACAGUAUAGCAGAGAACACAGUGGCCAUGGAAGUGACGUAGUGACCGCUGCCUGGACGUCCUUUUUUUCUUCUGGUGCUGUGCACCAAUUGGGUUCGAGGAAGCAAAAGGACAGCAGGUUUCCACAGCGACUGUCUGAACGUGACAGAAAAUCUCAUCUCUGUUUCUUUAUUUUUGCCCCUUUGUCAUUUUUUAAAUAUACUUUGUUUCAGUUAAGAGAAGUGAUGUCAAUUAUGAAAAUGGCUAAUAUUUGCUGUACAGAAACUACAUAUUUGUAAAAUCCCUCCACCAUCAUCACCCUUGUAUAUACGCUACUUGAAUACAGAACUGUUGAGUUGAUGUUUUGCACUUGGGGAAUCAAAAAGAGUAAAAGGUGAAUGAGGGGGAGUGUGUGAGGUAAGCGUCGAGUGUGCAUGGAGAGGAAACCUGCUGUUCUACCUAUUUAUUGUGCUGUGUUUACAAUGAUUUUCUUUUUUUUAUGUUGGUUAUUUUCUUUUAUUUCAUACACUGUGUCCCUCAGUUGUUUCCUGUGGUGUUGUAAGUGUUUAGGUAGCUGCCAGUUCCUAAAUUGCCCCGUUUUCGAGUUCGACGGACUGAACAUUGAUGGUAUCAUGCCAAUUUUUUUUUUUUUCCCAACGGUUUUUUUUUUAUUAUUAUUCUUAUUACUCAUUUUCCCCUCUUCUGUGAGGGAUGGGACGUGUUGGGGUUCGAUGCCCUUUAGGUUCAGGGUUUAAUGGGAGGGAAAAAUUCAAGGGGUUGGUUAUAGAAAUCUUCCAUUGUUAUCAUCCCAAAAAUAACAAAAACAAACAAGGGAUGAAGUCUUCACUUUGGGAGCUUCCAAUGCUUCCAGUCAACUAAGCACUAUGUUUUUUUUUUUAUAUAUAUAUUGCUGCUUUUUGUAUAAAUUCAGUUUGUUUUUUCAUAUGAUGGACUGUUUGGUUUGUCCCUGUUUUUAUAUUAUAGUUAUUUUUGUAUCUUGUUUUGCAUUUCCAUUGUUUAGUUUUUCUUUUCUUUUUUUUCCUGUUCUUGUGGUUAAGCGUCUUUUGCGCUUUGUUAACAGAAGACUUCAUUCUUUGUUGCUGAACAUCACGCGCAACAGCCGAUAAGCGCCCAUCCAAGUCAUCAUUCCGGUUUAAUGUCAUCAUUCAAUAACAAGAAGCAGAAAACAAGUGGAUGCCAAAUGAACGUCAUCUCCUUGGCCUUCUUCUCUAAACGCAUUAAUCCAGCAGACUCUGGACUACUUCAAGGCCUGAAAAAACCCACAAGUUAAAGGUUGUGCCUUCCUUUGGGAAUGUCCUGCUCAGUCUCUUCUGUGAAGAGGAUGCUCCGGCUCAAGACCGCGGUCCUGUGGUACACACUUGUCCGGAGCUGGGAUCUCCGAUGCCCAGUCCACUGGCUGAACUGAAUCAUCCUCCUCCAGGGGUUUUCUAGUCUGAUCUGGAUGGAGGCAAAAAAAUAUAAAGAAAAAAUAUUGAAUAAGAAAAAAAAAAAAAAGAUAUGUGACAAUUCAAACAUGAAUCAGACAAUAAAGCCCAGGUUAUUAUAUGUGAA